AUGGCAGUCGACGAAGUGCAACCCGAUAGGGCUCCCACGCCCGAGCAAACCAAGCGAGUGUCUCCCGAUGUCGAUGCGGUCAAGUCGAGCGACUCGUCCAGUGGGGAGCACAUGUAUGGUGAUCACGGGUCGACUGAGAACAAGACCUUCUGGCAGCUCGCAAAAGAGCCUGGCUCCGCCAUUCAGAUUAUCGCAGCUGCUCUGCUAGCCGUCGCCAUUGCCCUUCCCGUGGCUUUUGAAGUCGACCCCGAGGGCUCCAGCGGGCGCAGCCUGGAGGAUGCCUCCACCAUUCUUAAUAUUCCGGGUCGGAUGUGGUUGCGCGCCCUCACGGCUACCGUCAUGCCUCUCAUCGCCACCGCCAUGAUCCUGGCCAUGCAACGGUUGAAGGAGAUGACCGGAGGCGGCAACACAUUGGCCAAGUGGACCGUCGGAUAUUACGUCGGCACCACCAUCAUCGCGAUCGUCCACGCAACCAUCCUCAUCUCCCUCGUAUGGCGUCCCAUGUACGAGCCUGUGGGAGAAGACGAUCUCGCCGUCGACGAGGCCGAUCAGGAAACGAUCGACGAGCGAAGUGACAACGAUGUCACCACCAUCGUAGUCAACAUCUUCGACUCCUUCAUUCCCGGUAACAUAUUCCAAGCCCUGGCCGAGAACCAGCUGCUUGCCAUUCUGGUCACCGCCGUCGUGGUUGGUGGACUUCUAGAGCCUGGGGGCCCGAUCAUGAGGGCUGUGGUUGAGCUGGACAGACUGAUCACCAAGGUCAUCGUGUUCCUGAUCAAGUUGGCGCCUUUCGGUGUUUUCUUCUUGAUUCUCUCCAACUUGAUGACGCUCGAUGUUGCAAGCAUUGGCAUGAACCUGGGUCUCUUGAUCGGCUCAUCCCUGGUCAGCAUCUUCAUCCAUCUCAUCAUCAUCCUACCGGCGAUCUUCUUCGCUGUCCUGCGCAUGAAUCCGUUCACCUACUGGAUCAAGAACUCCCCCGCCUGGAUCACUGCUUGGGGAACUGCGUCCUCGGCGGCCACCCUGCCGGUGACCAUGCGAUGCUGUCGUGCGCGCGGCUGGCCCGAGACUGUCAUCAAAUUCUGCGUUCCUCUGGGCUGCUUAGUUAACAUGGACGGAACUGCCAUUUACUUUCCCGCCGUGGUCGUGUUCAUGGCCGAGACCCAGGGCAUCACCCUGAACGCCGGCGAGUACGUCAUCAUCGUCCUGCUCGCCACCCUGUCUUCGAUCGCCACGACCCCCAUCCCCAGCUCCUCCCUCGUCUUGACCGUCAUCAUCUGUCAGUCUGUCAACAUCCCCGUCACUGGAAUGUACGCCGUCGUCGUAGCCAUCGACUGGUUCAUCGACCGCUUCCGCACCAUGCUGAACGUGUCGUCCGACCUCUUCGCCGUAGGCAUCAUCACCAAGCUGUCCGGAAUCCGUGACCCAGAGGGUGAGGUCUACGCACCCAACGCGGAAGAGGCUCUGGCGGAGGUACAGGGCGCACCCGGAGCUCGACAGGAUAGCAAGGUGUAG